AUGGCCUUCCCUCGCCAAUUGUUGCGAUCGUCCUCUCAUUUGAAAACUCGUUUGCCAACAAUAACAGUGGCAGCAGCUGUAACGCGAGGUCUUCGACAUCAACACAAUGCUGCUACUUGUAUUCCCAACAACAACAACAACACCAAUGCUGAAACGACUGUAUCCACGUCCUCCAACCCUCCCAUGUCCUUCCCAUGUAUUGACAAGUUGAACUCUCGUACAGCUGAGCUUGACAAUGGACCUGAGCCGAGCUAUGACAAGGUGGUCACUGGAUACGAGACGUUUGAAUACCCACAUCCCUUUUUGCUGGAUCAUGGUGGCAUCCUUCCAAAGUUUGACAUUGCUUAUGAGACUUGGGGUCAACUCAACGAACGACGCGACAACGCCAUCUUGAUCCAUACUGGAUUAUCCGCUUCUUCUCAUGCAAAAUCUCAUGCAAAAAAUACCAAGCCAGGCUGGUGGGAAGGUUUUAUUGGCCCUGGUUUAUAUAUUGAUACCAACAAGUUCUUUGUCAUUUGUACCAACGUCAUUGGUGGUUGCUAUGGUUCAACAGGCCCAAGCUCGAUUGACCCGGCAGAUGGCGAACGUUACGCUACUCGAUUCCCCAUCUUGACCAUUUUCGAUAUGGUGCGAGCCCAAUUCUUGCUGCUGGAUCAUUUAGGAAUUGACAAACUUCAUGCAAGUGUGGGAAGUAGUAUGGGUGGUAUGCAGUCAAUUGCAGCUGCAUCUUUAUUCCCUGAUCGUGUCAAACGUUUAAUCAGCGUGUCGGCUUGUGCACGUUCACAUCCAUAUUCGGUUGCAUUGCGACAUACUCAACGCCAAGUGUUGAUGGCGGAUCCUAAUUGGAACAAGGGCUUUUACUAUAACAAUGUGCCACCUCAUAUUGGAAUGAAGUUGGCACGUGAAAUUGCUACGAUCAGCUACCGAUCUGGGCCUGAAUGGGAGCUACGAUUUGGUCGAAAGCGCGCACAACCUGACACCACACCUGCCUUGUGUCCUGACUUUUUGAUUGAAACGUAUCUUGAUCACCAAGGCGAACGCUUUUGUUUGCAAUACGACGCCAAUUCGCUUCUUUACAUUUCCAAAGCCAUGGACAUUUUCGACAUGUCAAAGAGCGCCACGGAUGCCCUGAGAGAGUCUCGACGACGAAACGCACAUAGACUUGACAAGGUCGUCAAUGAAAACCGAACGAUUGCUUCCGUGAUUGGUAAUCAGUCAGCUCUUGAGAUGCAUGAUACUGGUAGCAAUGAGCCUUCAAGCGAGACGAAUGAAAAACAUCGACCCUAUUUGACAACCUUGGCACAAACGGAUCCCGCUGUUCAAGAUUUGAUCGAUGGCAUGAAACCUAUCAAGAUGCCCACGCUCAUUCUCGGUGCACAAAGCGACAUUCUUUUCCCUGUAUGGCAGCAAAAGGAGAUUGCUGAAUGCUUGAGGGCUUCGGGCAACAAACAUGUCACAUACUAUGAGUUGGAUGCAAUGUUUGGUCAUGAUACCUUUUUGAUCGAUAAGGUCAGCGUCGGUGGUGCUAUCAAGGGUCAUUUAGAAUUGUUAGAAUAA